CCCAGCUUGGGAGAGAACCCAGGAGUCCUGACUGUGCAAUUAGAGGGUGACACUGGCCCAUUCUCCGUCACCCUUCUAAACCUGCGUUCCGCGCUGAGCAAACAGCUCCGUUCUCUCUCCUGUCCCCGUGAGGAUGAAAGGAAGAGACGUCCUGGCAGGAGGCUGUUUGGCACUUGGGCUGCUUGGGCCUCAGCUUGGCAAGCUUCUUGCAGCACUUCCUGGUGGCAGCUUGCUGCGGUAGAGAGGCAAUGAAUGGCAACAGGUGGCACAGCACCGUUAGCCCCCACCCUGAACCAGAGACAGCUGGGCUACUUCUCCACCCUCAACUCGUUCAGACACCGUGAUGAUCCCGGCCUAGGUCGCUCCACGGGCAAAUGCUGAUGGCUGGGCGCUAGCCUGUCUGUUCUGCCCCAACCCCUCAAGCGUGAAUUCCCAUCUCCUGCUGCGUUUAACCCCUGCUCUACGCGCUGCUCUCUGCUUGUUUGGCCAAGGGCGCUUUCCCCAUUUACAGCAGCGUUCUGGCUGCUCUCGCCCCGCUGCAGCGCGAUGGUCCCGGGCUCCGGCCGCCCCCUGCCCCUGCUGGCCGCGUGGGGGGCGCUGUGGGGGCUCAUCACAGCCGAGUUGCCCAUCACCGCUCGGUUCGGGGGGGACAUCACCCUGACCUGCCUCUUCCCGUCCCAGCCUGGGAUGAACCUCCAGCGCCUGACCCUCACCUGGCAGAAGGAGCAGGAGGGGACAGAGGCCCUGGUGGUUCAUAGUUACUAUUAUGGGAAGGACCAGCUGGCGAGACAGGACAAGGCUUAUAGGAACCGGACCUGGCUGGAUCCAGAGGGGCUGGCUCGAGGGAACGCGUCCCUGACACUGAGGGGCGUCCGCAUGCAGGAUGAGGGCAUCUAUCGCUGCCACAUCACCUCGGAGCUGGGCACAACUUCGAACACGAGACAAGUUACAGUGACUCAAACCGGCCGCUUCCUGCCCAAGCAGACCGGGAUUGCAGGAAAUGCUGCAGGGCUGGGCGGCAGCUGGGUCCCUUUGCUGGGUCUGUGCCUGGUGCUGAUCGUACCGGUUCUCAGAGUAUAUCACUGAAACGCCCCCUGCAGACAAGUCCUGGCUGCCAGCAACACCCGGGCACUGGCCCCACCAAAGAAAGAGCUGCACUGAGACACCCCUGUGCACGCAGACUAUAAAUGCUACAUGUGUGCGCUGGACACGAUGGGUUCAGCCUCCUGGCGACAUCUUCCAGGGGACGGGCCCGGGGCUGCUUGUCAGGAGUCCCGGGCAAUGACGUUUUUCUUUGUACAAAGCAGCUUAAUUUAACAGUACGUUUAUUGUCCCUGGGUAAAAUUAGCCUCCAUAUUAACCACUGUGAUAUUCUUAUGAUUAAGAAUAACCUCUGUUUUAGUCACAGGUAUUUUUAGUAAAGGUCAUGGACAGGUCAUGGGCAAUAGACAAAAAGUCACGGCCCCAUGACCUGUCCAUGACUUUAAUUAAAAAUACCUGUGUGACGG